AUGCUUCGCAGGCUUGCCCGCGCAGCCAGUUCUGCUGCAUGGUCGCUAUGUGAUGUACCAGAUCAAUCUGUUGUCACUGGGGAUGGUAUCGAGUGGAUAUUUGGAGAGGACUUCUUUGUUCGAGGCAUCUUGGGCCCUUUCAUCGCUCACGACGGGACUUCAGCAGUCUAUGCGGCCACAUUAUCGUAUCUACACUGCGGUGACACUCGCAUAUACUUUGCCCCUCGCUUCCACAUCGUCAAGGUCCCAUUGAUGGCGGCCGUCAAGUCCGACUGUUGCCGUGAACCUUGUACCUGCGCAGAGGUCAAUCCGGACGCUGGAGAUCUUGUCAUGAAGAUGUUCUUAACCCACGUCGUCGGUGACACCACCAUCCCGGAAUUCGCGGUACCUGCCGAUGUCCAGAUGCGCUUUGACGACGCUAUUGAGAAGGCCAUACCGCCGGCAGAUUUCGAGGCUGGAUUUGUCGAAUGCAACGCAGAGGAAAUGCACUUCGUGAAGGGAAGCUCGUGGACAAUUCAGAUGCCUCUCACUUCCAUGUCCACAAUGACCUCUCGUAAGUAUCUGCUAUUCAACGUCAGAGCGCUCCACGUUCUUACUUGA